AUGAAUAAAUAAUUAUUAAUUUUAUUUAUUCUAAUUCUUUAAAUAUUUGAGUAAAAAGACACAUACUGGCACCUAAAAUUUUCUAAAAUUAAUGUUUUUUUACUGUGUACUUUAUAAAACUUUUAUUUUGAAAGUUUAAAAAAUAAAAUUAUAGUCUUAAGUUUUUAAUAGGGAAGAUUAUGUAUAUAUAAAAAAUUAUUCAUUUCUUUAGUUUAAUUAAUUUAAAUUGAAUAAAGCAAAAAUCAGAUUUUAUUAAAAAUUUUUGUAAAUUAAUAAAUAAAUACAAUAAAAAUAUUAAGCAAAAUUAGUAAGUCAAUAAAAAAACUUAGCUAAAAUUAAAAAUCUUAUCUAAUUUUUAUUGAUUUAUUUAUUUAUUUGCUAUUUCUCAAUUUAAAUCUUUAGCUUUGGAUUAACUAGUUUUUUUCAAAUUAAAAUACAAAAAUACAAUUAAAAUCGAGUAUUUUAAAAAAAUCAAUAUUGAAAAAAUGGAAAAUAAAAAAAAAAAUAAAAAUAUUUAAUAAGCUUUAUUUAAAAAAUAAAUGCCAUAAAUAUAAUAUAAAUAUUAAAAAAAUGUAAAAUAAAUUAAAGAAUAAUUAAUAUUAUUUAAAUAAAUUUGUUUCAAUUAAAAUAUGUUUAAAUUUUAUUAAAAAUAUUAAUUAAAACAUCUUUAAAUUUUAUUAAAAAUACUAAAUAAAUAAAUAAUAAAUUAAAAUUUAUUGGAUUUUACUAUUAAAAAUUGUUUAUUACAAAUAAAAUGACAAAUUUUGUUGUGUUGUUAGUUUCUUUUAAGAAUAUAAUUAUUUGUAAGUGAGUUAUUUACUUCAUAAAUUUUACUGUUUUGUUUUGACAUAAAUUUGA